UAUCUGGUCAAUAUAAAAUAUUAUCUGUGUUGUAGCAGAUGUCUCUUUCGAAUGAGUGUGAAAUCAAAGACGGCUUAGAAACGCUGGUGGAAUCACAGGCUAUAGGAGAGUUAGCUAAUCUAGCGGUAAACAACGUGCUCCAAAGUUCGUAGUUAGCUACAUUUCUGUAUUUUGAAGAAUUUUCGAUUUACCCAGUGGUGUCACUUAUCUUAGGCAUCCUGGCUGGGUGUUCAAACUAGAAUGGGUCGAAAAGUAGCUGACUAGCUAGCUAAUGUAGACUGAUUUGCCAGCUAGUAGUUAACCCUAGCGGCUAAAUUAUGAUGGACAAAGCUUUCCCUGCAAAAAAAGUAUUUAGCUCGCUAGAUGGCUGCAAAGCAGUUUUGUUUUAGAAAGAUGGGUUAGCAGCGUGUGUUGUUGCUAGCUAGCAGUGGCCCUUACACCAAAGAUGGUCUCAUUAGCUUAUCUGUGUUUAUACUGUUUGUUCCAACGCGCUUUACCCAUCAUUAUCGACACCAAUUGACGAGGAUGUGCAACUGCACUGUAGUACUCACGAACUUCGGACCUGCGCAGGGCCGUUCGCAGUGUUUUAGUCUUCAAUAGCUUCAUAAACCCCGCAAAUUAUUACAAUUUCUCUUUUUUAAAUGUGAUUUUAAUCCUAACCCUAAACACACUGCUAACCGUAUACUUUGUUUUUUUAUUGCAUUUUUUGGCUGUGGAAUCUGACUUUGUUGCUAGAAGCUAGUGGAAACCUAGCUAGUAACGUUACUUCCGUGGGACGACAGAGUUCGCAAUACUUCCGUGUAGCCAUGGCCGAUUCUGUAGCAGUAGAGGACCCGAAAUUCACUUUACAAGAGGUUCUUGACACCUUUAAGUCAUGCCUAUCUGAAAACAAAGAAGUAUUCCUCGAACAUUAUGUAGCAGGAUGGCUUGGUCUUGUAAGAUUCAUGAACAGCCUGGGGAGUGUGUUCUCCUUCAUCGCCAAGGAUGCUGUCAACAAGAUCCAAAUCCUGAUCAACCAUCUGAACGGUGAGAAUGGGGCCCACUACGUCACCGUCCAGUCUAUGGUCAAAUACGAACUGGACAACCAACUGGUGGACCUGACUAAGAGAGGCAGCUUCCCCGAGUCCGGCUGCCGCACCCUUCUGAGGCUGCACCGUGCCCUGCGCUGGCUGGAGCUCUUUCUCGAACGGCUGCGCACCAGCACUGAGGAAAGCAAGACCUCUGUCAUGUGCUCUGAGGCCUAUAAUGAGUCCCUCUCCCAACACCAUGCAUGGAUCAUCCGCAAAGCUGCCGGUACAGCUUUCUGGGCUCUCCCAGGGCGUGCUACGUUCUUUGAUGUGAUGAAUGUAGGUACCCCAGAGCAGGUAGUGGCCAUGCUAGGGGAUGCCCUGCCGCUCAUCUCUGAGGUGUACCAAGUGACAGAGGACCUCUAUGCCCAGAACAAUAUAUUGGACUUGCCCUAGUAGGCAGGAAGUACUGUAGUAGUAGUUGCCUGGUGGUCCCAGAUCUGUGUGUGUCAUCUUGCCAACUCCAAUGGAAUUGUUUAUUAGAGUUGGCAAGACAGCAUAAAUAGAUUGGAGACCACCAGGCUACUGUAGGCCUCGUAGUCCAACCAGCACAUCAAUGCUGGCAAGCCGUGCUGCUCUUUAUUGUUUCUUGGUGACAAUUUCUGGUGUAUAGAGAUGGGUGUAUUUACUAUAUGUACAUUACAUUAUUAUGUAAUAAGGCAGCAUUACCCAUAUAUUUAUUUUUCAUUAGAAUUGUGAAAUGGGAUUUCAAUGGCAUUCAGUGCUGUUUUUGUGCAACACAUCUCUUUGCAUUUCAGUCUCUCCUUAAUUUGUUUAAGCAUGCACAGUUUUUAGCGCUCAAAGUAGGUUUUGUAUUACGGGAAGAGUAUGAUUUCAUUGCAAAUGCAAUAGCAUAUUUUUAGGUUGUAUGUCGGUCUUGUCUAAUCUAAAGAUAUACAUGUCCUUAAUUGUCCCCCCACAAUGAAAUUGGGGAGGGGACGGUGGAUCUGUCUCUGUCCGUUAGUACGUUCGUUCGUCACACGUGAUAUCUCGGACCGCACUGGCCCAAUUUUGACAAAUCGACAGCAAUUUUGUGGAAUGAUGCGUCUUGCCAUAGAAAUCAGGCAUUUACAAAAUUACACUGAUUAUCCAGAUGGCGUGUGACAAAGGAACUGCAGCCCAUUGUUCAAAUGGGUUAAAUGGAAACUGAAAACCUGAGACUGACUGUAGGUCUAUAACCUUUCACGUAGUCUUUAUAUUAACCCCUGCAGAAUGAAGCAUUUCUUGAAGUAAACUGAUACACCAAGUGUACACUUUGACUCGGGAACAGGAGUGGAGAAAUAUGAUUGGUUUAGUUCAGCAUCUUGAGAGAAUGCAAAUGUGAAGUCUGUAGAGGUGCCAUCUUUAUCAGCAUCAUAAAAGCUGAUGGAUGUAUAUUUUAUGUGGUUGAAAUACUAAGUCGAAUGGAAAUCUUAUCAGAAACAUGUUGGGUUGUUUUCACAGCUUUCUAUUUCCUUACAACUGGUUAAACUGAUGUCAUUUGGACAUUCUGCACAGUAAAUCUUUCCCAUUUUCUUUGUUCUUGCAUUUUCUCCCCGGUCCCUAAAUGUCUUUGCUCUGUGAAAGAAGCAGAGAUGACAGGGAGAACUUUACCGUUGUCAACUAAAGUCCCGAACGGGAGUUGUAGCGAUGAGACAAGAUAGUAGCUACUACAACAAUUGGAUACCACGAAAUUGGGGAGAAAAAGGGGUAAAAUUCAAAAAAAUAAAAAAUAAUUAGGCACGCAAAAAAAUCCUCCACCUCCUGUCAAAAACGCAUUCUGCGGUCUCUGUAGCCUACUAUAUUUGCUGCUUAGGGUCGGGUGCGGGCCUCAGAUUUUCACUUUAACACACAUAGCCAGUGGUUGCAGAUGGGUUAUUAGCAAUUGUGGGUAGGUACGUAAACAGGUGAACAAACUUCUGAAUCGUGCACCACUAUCAGUGCCACUGGCUGAUUUGAGGAAAUUUGGGUGAAUGAUGAGUCUUUCCCAGUGGCGGUCAGUGCCGUUUAAGAUGAGGGAGUACAAAUGUUUUUCAUGAGCAUGGCCUUAUUUCUAUUACAGCAUAUUGGAUGACUAAUUAAUAUUCCAUUCACCUAGUUCAAUGUAACAGCGAUAGGUUUAGACUACUACAUGAUACUCAAAUUGUCCCUAUACCAUCAUGAGGUUGCUACAACCUAGCCUAUGAAUGAAAGUUUACAAAGUAGGUGCACACAGGUCGAGAGACAUAGGGUGUUAUUAUUAGUCCAACAGUUGCAAACGAGUUUCUAUUGGACAAACUCAGGUAUGUUUAUCCCUGUUUGUUCCAUUUGCUUCCAUUUAAGAAACGUUUUUCAACAGAAUUGGCUGAAUGAAUACACCCCUGAUAAUGUGUAAACACUUCACUUUCAUAACAGCCACGUUGUAUUCCUUCUCGCAUCUCCUCCUCUCACCUCUUCUCUUUGUUGUGGACUUCAAUGCACAACACAUCAGCUGUAUGUGACCAGGCGGAAAAAAACCUUUCCAAGCCAAACCGCUACACACAGCCUACAUCAUUGUCACCAUAUUAGCUGAAGUAAUGUCAUAGUCUGCAUAGAUAAUAGAACUAAUGCGUUAGUAAACCCGCUAGAGUCAGGCAGUAACGCUACACUGUACGGUCAGUGAGCAGUUACGUCAACGAGGCCCCGAUGGCAAUAAAUUAGUAAUACCAAAAGCUUACCUUGGAGAAAAAAUAAUAAAAACAACUUGGAGGAGUUCCAGUGUUAGGUUGGAAAGUCAUAGCCAGCUAGCUAACAUAGCAUCACUCUGUUUGAGCAGGGUGUUUCAGUAGGCUAAACUAGCCUGCUGCAUUUGCUAGCUAAGUAAGUGAUUCUGAAAGUGGGGAAAAAUAACAAUCUCUGUUUCUCUCCUGCUUCCCCUUAAUUUGAUCAAAACUGUUCCAACUAUUGUCUUUCUCUCUCUUUGAGUUAAUUACUCACCCCAUUGUAUACACUGCAGUGCUAGCUAGCUGUAGCUUAUGCUUUCAGUACUAGAUUAAUUCUCUGAUCCUUUGAUUGGGUGGACAACAUGUCAGUUCAUGCUGCAAGAGCUCUGAUAGGCUGGUGGACGUCCUCUGGGAGUUGUCAUAAUUACUGUGUAAAUCUAUGGAAGGGGAUGAGAACCAUGAGCCUCCUAGGUUUUGUACUGAAGUCAAUGUACCCCGAGGAGCACGGAAGCUAGCUGUCCCCCGGCUACACCACGGUACUAUCCUACAGAGUACUGUUGAGGCUACUGUAGACCUUUGCAAAAUAAUGUUUUAAUCAAUUAUUUGGUGAUGUGAUUAUAUUUAGUAUAGUUUAAUCUAAAAAUGAUAACUUUUUAAAUGUUUUACAAUUUACAUUUUUCUGAAAUUCACUGAGGAGGAUGGUCCUCCUGUUCAUCCACUGAGGAGCCUCCUCUGGUUUUGCCUUAUAAGUCUGUUAUUUACACUGAUUGGCCCAGGGGGGCUGCAUCAUUCCUGGUGGAUGACAUGUUUACUGUUGCCUUGUUUAUUGUUUAAAAUAUGUACCACUUAAUCUUACAGUUUUGCAUUUUUUCUGUUGACUCUGAAUGACAUUAUAAAUUAAACAUGGACACCUGAUAAGUCUA